AUGGCCGCCAUGGCCCUUGCUUUCGUGCCAUCUCGCCCUGGCUGCCCCCACCAUGGCUGUGGCAUGGCACGACGCGCGCAGCGGGCGCAGCGGGCGCACAGACGCGGCGCGGCGCCGAGCGGUCGCGGCCUAGCCUUGGGUCUAGCGACCGUCGCGACCGCGGCAGCUCGAAGAUCUGGACGCGCAGGCAAAAGGCGCCGUGGCCUUGCGCUGUGUGCAGAACCCCCUUCCGAGUCAGAGGUGGUGGUCAUUGGUAGCGGUUUAGCUGGUCUCACCUGCGCGGGUGUGUUGGCGGCGGCGGGGAAACAGGUCACUGUCCUAGAGUCCCACUAUCACCCGGGCGGCGCGGCCCAUACCUUCCGCGCACGCGCCAAGGGCGUGGAGGGCGACUUCUGCUUUGACUCCGGACCGUCGUUGUAUGGAGGCUUGAGCGGAGAACGCACCUCGUCACCCUUGAAACAUGUCUACCAGAUCCUUGGAGAAGAACCUGAGUGGAUUCAGUAUGACAGGUGGAAUGCCUUCAUCCCAGAGGGCGAAGCGAAUGCAGCCAUUGGCUACGAAGAAUUUGUGACCAAAUUGCUCCCACGAUUUGGUGGUCCUGAUGCCCAAGAGCAGUGGAAGCGUCUGAUGAAGAAUAUCGUUCCAAUGGCCGAUGCGAUUUGCAACGGUCCACCCCCAUCCUUUGUGAGGGAAGAUCUGGGUGCUGCCAUCACCUUGGCCAGAUAUUUGCCCAAGCUGAAGGCCAUCCCCGGAGGUCCGCAGAAACUCUCCGAACCUUUCAGCCAAUUCCUGGAGGAUGCGGGGGUGACGGAUCCCUUCAUCAAGAAUUGGAUGGACAUGUUCGCAUUCUUGCUGCAAGGCUUGCCAUCAUAUGGAGCGCCCACGUCCAUGAUGGCUUACAUGAUGGGAGAUCUCUACAAGAAGAACACCUGCCUGGACUUCCCCAAAGGAGGCAACGAAGCCUUGGUAGAUGCUUUGGUGCGAGGUAUUGAGAAACAUCCAGGUUGUAAAGUGAUCCUGCGGGCCCAUGUGGAGGAAGUGCUUGUGGAGGGUGGCCGCGCCAGUGGGGUCCGUUUGAAGAGUGGAAAGGUCAUCCAGGCGACAGCUGUGGUGAGCAAUACGGAUUGGCAAGUGACCAAGAAACUCAUGAAGAACGCUCCAGAGCUGGAGGAGUUCUUUGGUCAAUGGAAGGACUAUCCCUUGCUGAAAUCCUUCAUCCAUCUGCAUUUGGGUUUCCGUGGCAACGGCCUUCCGAAGAGCCACUGCGCGGACUUCCCGGCGCAGUGGGGGGUCUUCAAUGACUGGUCCGACUUGGAAGCUCCGCGCAAUGCCGUGUUGGUCAGUUGCCCUUCCAUGUUGGAUCCUAACUUGGCCCCUCCCGGAUACCAUGCUCUCCACGCCUACACUCCAGCGACCGAACCAUGGGAAGACUGGGCCCAUUUAGAUGAGAAGAGUGAAGAAUACAAGAAGAAGAAGGAAGAAGCCAAAGAAUUCUUGUAUGCAGCUGUUAGCAAGCAGGUGCCUGAUCUCGAAGACCGGGUGGUGCUCGAACUGGUGGGGACGCCUUUGACGCACCGUCGCUUCUUGCGAAAACCCUCCGGGAGCUACGGUCUUCGAGUGAAAGCGCCUGAGAUGCUACCAGGACACAAGACCCCACUGGAAGGCUUCCACAUGUGUGGCGACAGUACCGCCCCAGGUAUUGGCGUUCCAGCCGUGGUCAUGAGUGGUCAUAUUUGUGCCAACAACAUCCUGAGUGUUCCAGAGCACUGGCGCGUUCUGGACAAGAUCAAAGAUUGGAAGACGGAGCUGGAGAUCUGACCAAGUGGAAAGCAAA